AUGAGAAAGGUGAACAAUGACAGCAUGUCCCCGCCGCGAGCGAUGACCCUGCUGGGCGCCGGGGGUCGCGAGCCGUCGGCGGGGCCCGUCAGCCACCACGCGGCCCUAAACACGCACUCAACACAACAUUUUAUAAGGAAAAUCACGCUUAUUAGGCUAUAUCUACAUUUUCUAAAUGUGAUAUCACAUUUCCGCGAUACCGCAUUCCCGCGAGCUCUCGUGAACUAUAAUUUUCCAAAGCGUCCGCUGGUCAAAUUAAAAGCGGCUGUGAGUGAUUUUGGAUUUCGAACUAGUACAUUGUGCGAUUAUAAAUCGUUAUUAGUGAAUGCUCUAGUGCAAUUAUUCUUUGUUGCCAAGUGUAUUGUGUGCGUCAGGCGUGAUUGGGUUAACCGCUACAAUAUGGUACUUCUGCUACUUUUGAGUGGAUUUUGUAGAUAUAGUGAAGGAAAGCGUGAUAAUGAUCUGCACAUUGGUGGUAUAUUUCCGAUGGAAGGAGAAGGUGGCUGGCAAGGGGGGCAAGCAUGUAAGCCAGCUGCUGAAUUAGCUCUUGCUGAUGUCAACGCUAGAUCAGAUUUACUAUCUGGUUUUAAGUUGCUACUUCAUAGCAACGAUAGCAAGUGCGAACCGGGACUCGGCGCAAGUGUAAUGUACAAUUUGCUGUACAAUCCCCCUCAAAAGUUGCUACUCCUGGCUGGAUGUUCAACGGUCUGUACAACAGUCGCCGAAGCUGCCAAAAUGUGGAAUCUUAUGGUUCUAUGCUAUGGAGCGUCGUCACCGGCAUUAUCAGAUCGGGCAAGAUUCCCUACACUGUUUCGGACUCAUCCAUCGGCGACUGUACACAAUCCAACCAGAAUCAAGCUAAUGCAGAAAUUCGGCUGGUCACGUAUAGCUAUAUUACAACAAGCUGAAGAAGUGUUUAUUUCGACUGUUGAGGAUCUGGAAGCACACUGCAAGAAAUCUGGUAUAGAGAUCGUGACACGACAGUCCUUUCUCUCAGAUCCAAACGACGCAGUUCGGAACCUUCGCAGACAAGAUGCCAGAGUUAUUGUUGGUUUAUUCUACGUAGUGGCUGCCAGAAGAGUACUAUGUGAAGUGUACAAACAUAAGCUGUACGGAAAAUCCUAUGUGUGGUUUUUCAUAGGAUGGUAUGAGGAUAAUUGGUUUGAAACCAAUUUAGAAAGAGAGGGUAUUGAGUGUACAGCGGAACAGAUGCGGGAGGCUGCGGAAGGUCAUCUCACUACGGAAGCACUCAUGUGGAACCAAAAUGCUAACCAGACCACAAUAUCUGGCAUGACUUCGGAAGAUUUUAGAUCGCGGCUAAACGAAGCGCUUCGUGAAGCCGGCUACGAUAUCGACGGAGAGAGAUUUCCUGAAGGGUAUCAGGAGGCCCCUUUAGCUUAUGACGCGGUUUGGGCGGUCGCCUUAGCUUUUAAUAAAACAAUGGAGAAGCUAGAAAAGAGUGGGUUAAGUUUAAAAAAUUUUACGUAUACCAAUAAGAAAAUUGCUGACGACAUUUACGAAGCAAUAAACUCGACAUCGUUUCUGGGAGUAUCGGGUCUAGUAGCAUUCUCGUCUCAAGGUGAUCGCAUAGCGCUAACACAGAUAGAGCAGUUGACAGAUAACCAUUACAUUAAGUUGGGAUACUAUGAUACACAGGCGGAUAAUCUCACCUGGUUAGACAGGGAACGGUGGGUCGGUGGUAAAGUUCCGCCUGAUCGAACCGUGGUGGUGAACGAGUUACGAACGGUCUCGUUGCCACUAUUCGCUUGCAUGACGGCUCUUUGUAUAGCGGGCAUAUUGGCAGCCAUUGGACUUAUAGUAUUCAAUAUUCUCCAUCGACAUAGAAGGGUUAUCCAAUGGUCGCAUCCCGCGUGCAACACAGUGAUGCUUUGUGGAUGUUGCAUCUGUUUCGGAGCCGCCAUAGCGCUCGGUGUCGAUGGACGGUGGGUUCAGCCUGAACACUACCCUGGACUUUGCGCAGCCAGGUCCUGGCUAUUAGCCACUGGCUUCUCGAUGGCAUAUGGAGCUAUGUUCACGAAAGUCUGGCGUGUCCACAGACACACGACGAAGCCUAAACCGGAGACUAAGAAACGUAUGCAUGGCUGGAAAUUAUAUACGAUGGUGGGAGGUCUACUUUUAGUGGACAUAACGUUGUUAACAGCUUGGCAGUUGAGGGAUCCUUUACAAAGGCGGGUGGAGAUAUUUCCAUUAGAGGCACCACGUCAUCAUGAUGAUGAUGUACACAUACGACCUGAGCUUGAACACUGCGAGAGUGAACAUAAUACUGUAUGGCUAGGCGUGAUGUAUGGUUAUAAAGGUCUUGUCCUAGUUUUCGGACUAUUCCUGGCCUACGAAACCCGAUCUGUAAAAGUACGUCAGAUCAAUGACUCUCGAUAUGUUGGCAUGAGUAUAUACAACGUGGUGGUGCUAUGCCUCAUCACGGCACCUGUCACCCUUGUGAUAGCGAGCCAACAGGAUGCCGCCUUCGCGUUCGUGUCACUCGCAAUUGUCUUCUGUUGCUUUUUAAGCAUGGCACUUAUAUUUGUACCGAAGGUAAUAGAAGUUAUCCGCCAUCCCACUGAACGUGUUGAGAGCGGCCGCGGUUCAGGCUCUGGUUCCGCCCCAGCCGAUGAGGAGAGAUACCGGGAGCUUGUGAAGGAGAACGAAGAACUACAGAAACUUAUUGCACAGAAAGAAGAAAGAAUCCGAGUGCUGAAACAGAAGUUAGCUGAGCGUGAAGCAGCCGCUGCUGAUGGUGUGACUCAAGGUACGGUAGUAGCAGACCUGGCGACAGCAACCUCAGAUUACGGCACGUCAACCAACUAUACGCGCUCUUCACGAGCCUCAGUCUCGGAUUUAGACUUCUCUGAGAGCUAUCUUUAA